AGUUAAACACCGGGCUCAGGGUGACAACACACAGGCACCGGGCAACAAUUCUUUGUGGAUACGUUUCUCUUUUGGAUAAAAUCGACAACACAGCGAAGUCGGCACAAUGUUGGAUCGAUGCGAAAUGCCGAUCCAGCUGGACAACGAGAAGCUGCGACGGGAUGUUCGAUUGACGGGCUCUCGACUGGAUUUGCCACAGCUCUGCAAUGGCUCGCGACGCCUGGAUGGGCACAACAACCAUGUGGCAGUCAACGAGUCCACGGUUACAACCACAUCUCUGAAUGGCAAUGGCAACAGCAACAACAACGGCAUCAACAACAACAACAAUAACAUAGGAUCACCCGUCUCUUCCUCGACAACCAACAGCAGUAAUGGCGUCAACGAGCGCGGCUCGUCCACAAAAUCAAACAGCAGCAAUGGCAGCGGCAGCUCGGGCAACUCGGCCAGCAGCACAGGAAGUGCCGAGCUCAAAUGCAACACUCCCAUGACGCCAUCUGAGCUGGUGAAGAAGUUCCGCAACUACCUAACCGAUCUGGAGUUCGAGGAGCUCAAGGUGUACAAGGAGGUCUGGUAUUUUGGCCAGCACGCCAGCAAGAACUACAACAAACCCGCCCCCACAGCCAACACCACCAAUCUGGGCUAUGACGAUGAUAAUGGCAACUACAAGAUCAUCGAACACGAUCACAUAGCCUUCCGUUAUGAGAUUCUGGAGGUGAUUGGCAAAGGCAGUUUUGGCCAGGUCAUCAGAGCGCUGGAUCACAAGACCAACUCACACGUAGCCAUCAAGAUCAUAAGGAACAAGAAGCGCUUCCUCAACCAGGCCGUCGUCGAACUCAAUAUCCUCGAUGAGCUGCGCGAAAAGGAUGCGGAUGGAUCUCACAAUGUCAUACACAUGCUCGACUACACAUAUUUCCGCAAGCAUUUGUGCAUUACCUUCGAGCUGAUGAGCUUGAACCUGUACGAAUUGAUAAAGAAGAAUAACUACAAUGGAUUCAGCAUGAGUCUCAUAAGACGCUUCUGCAACUCGAUUGUGAAGUGCCUGCGUUUGCUCUACAAGGAAAACAUCAUUCACUGUGAUCUCAAGCCGGAAAACAUCUUGCUCAAACAGCGUGGUAGCAGCUCUAUUAAAGUCAUCGACUUUGGCAGCUCAUGCUACGUGGAUCGCAAAAUCUAUACGUACAUCCAAUCGAGGUUCUAUCGCUCCCCGGAGGUGAUUCUCGGCCUGCAAUACGGCACCGCCAUCGACAUGUGGAGCUUGGGCUGCAUUCUGGCCGAGCUUUACACGGGAUUCCCCCUCUUUCCCGGCGAGAACGAGGUCGAGCAGCUGGCCUGCAUCAUGGAGGUGCUGGGCCUGCCGCCCAAGGUGCUCAUCUCGGUGGCCAGGCGGCGGCGUCUGUUCUUCGACUCCCGGGAUGCCCCGCGCUGCAUAACGAACACGAAGGGCCGCAAACGGACGCCGGGCAGCAAGUCGCUGGCACAGAUUCUGCACUGCCAGGACCGCUACUUCAUCGACUUCCUGCAGCGCUGUCUGGAGUGGGAUCCCGCGGAGCGGAUGACGCCGGACGAGGCGGCCCACCACGAGUUCCUGCAGCCCUCCGCCUCCAGUCGCCAUCGCAGCUGCCGCAUGUCGAGCAGCUCGUCCAGCUCGGGCCUGAACAGUGUUUCCCAGAAGUCUUCCUGCUACAGCUUUUCGGAGAUCUCCCCAGGCACUGGCAAUGGUCCCGUGGUGGCCUCGAUCACCAGCACCACGGCGGUGCACAAUGCGGCGAUGGCCACCACCAAGUCGAGACAACAGCCGGCGGUCCAGAGCCAUGGCCACGGCCACGCCCAGUCGAACGGACACCUGCCCGAUAUCAAGUUGAGUGCCAGCGAUAAGUACAACAGCAUGCAGAAGGUGGCGGUGCGCUCAAAGAUCACGUCCAGCGUCUCGGAUCUGGAGUCGGUGCAGCAGUACUCGCUACAUCGCAUAUACGGGGGCGUGGGCAGUGGCAGCACCCACCACGUCUCGUCGGCGGCCACCAGGAAGCAUCUGACUGGCACCGGAAACGGAAUUGUGGGCGCCAUGACCUCCAAGUACGGCAGUUCGACGCUGGCGCACAACCAUCACAAUGUGACGCACCACAAUGCGUCGACGGCCACGAUUGCCACGGCCACGCACCACCACCACCAUCAUGGAGUGAGCGGAGGGGGACAGCAGCAGCAGCAGCAGUCGUCGUCGUCGGGAGGAGGAGCUGGCAACAUGGCCAUGUCGCACUCACAGUCCACCGGGGAUGUCUCCGACAGGGCCAUCUUUGGACGGGCUUGACUCCGGGCCAGGCCCACCAAGCUGGAGCUGAAGAAGUGCAAGCUGGUCAACAUGAUGGACUUCUGGAGCUAGAAGUGGCGUCCACAGCACUGCGCUGAUGUUAAGGAACGGGAGGAGGUGGAGAAGGAGAAGGAGUAGGCCUCCUCGCACCUAGCUGUAGUUAUUGUUAUAUGUAAGCUAUAUAGGAAUUAUAGACGUGUGUGUGAAUUGUAUUUGAAUGCGAGCGCAUUGCUGUUGUCAACCCACUUGCUCCUGGAAAUCCCUGCCCCCCAUUCGAAAUAGUUGCAUCUCAGCUAGGGGUAGUCCUUUCUUGCAGCACUUUGCAGUAUUCUCAGUUUCCCUGAACCCUAUUUUAUUUCGCUACUGCCAUAGCUCAAAGUAUUCGCAAUCGUAUUUACACCCCCACAAACCUUUUCCGCAAAGUAUUCUCUUCCCUCCAACUACCAAGGUGUUGCAAGCUAUCCUUUCACACUGUAUUCAACAUGAACAAACCUUCAAGAGUAAAAAGAAACCAGAUAAAAAGAAAACAAAACAGAAGCCAGCUCAAAGGAACAAGAUAACCUAGAUAUAGUUUAUUAGAUAUGGCAUAUACUAAACAUAGUUGUAGACAACAUUUGUAACGAUUCACCCAACGCAUCCCACUCACCCGAACUCAAAGAUACAUACAUAUUUAUAGGGUUACGACUCAAAUCUGUAACAAUUUCAUACAGCUUCCAUGUCUUUUGCAACAGUAUCAAGGCUGUUAUUAGUUACAUAUGCGAAACCGAAAUGUAUCUAUAUCUUAACUGUAAUUGUAUUCGUAGUUUAAGAUCUUGGAGGUUCGAUGGCCAACAUCAUACAUCACACUGAAGCAAAUCAACUCUUUAGUCUACCAAUGCAAGAUAAGUUUGUAAUCCGCAUGGAAAAUAAAUGAACUAUCACCGAUCAACCCUAUCCACACGGAAUACAUGUCAUAAUUUAAUGAAAACACAUAUAUUUAAUGAACUAUAAAUCUAUUAAAUCUAGACGGAUAGAGAAACAAAAUAUGGCCAAUAUCACAACCGAAUAAUAAACCAACCCAAUAUACAAUAAUUGUAGUGCGCCACAUCUAUGUAAACCGUAUUAGUGGAGGCAAAAGCAAAACAAAUAAAUAAUGUUUUAUUCAAAUUAAA